AUGGCCAGAGGAAAUCGCGUCGCUCAUGGUGAGCCGCACACCGCGCGCCACGCCGGGAACAGCGCGUCUCUGUGCAGAUGGCCGCAGUUGCUCGGCAGGCGUGCGUCGCCCUGGUCCCGCGCGCGACGUACUUCGCGGCAUUCCCGCAAAGCGCGUCUCGUUCGCUCCCGAACGGCGCAGGACGGCGAGGGAGCGGUGCCGGGCUCGGGCGGCAGCAUCCGGUGGGGCCGGGCUGGCGCUGCGUGGACCGCACCGCCGCACACGCCGCCCGCGGCGCCCCAGCUCGCGGUCACCGCGGCGCCGGGGAGUUUCCCGCACGAGCAGCUGGCGCUGCCGCAGGGCCUGGACGUCGCGGACCUCGCGGCGGGCUGGACGCAGCAGGCGAUGGUGCCCCCGGUGAUCUCCGCGGAGGAGGACCGCGGCAUGGGUGCGGCGCAGCCUUCCCCGACGGAGGAUGCGAACGGGAGCGGGCACGGCAACAGCGGGCGGGGCGGGAGCGGGCGGCGGGGGAAGAGCCGGGCUGCGGCAACGGGCGCUGCUCGCGAACGCCAGCUGCAGGCCGCGCGUGAGGCGCAGGCGCGGUACCACAGCCGCAAGAAGAACAAGAUGGUCGAGCUCCAGGACGCCGUCGAGGAGCUCACGAACAAGGUCGAGGGGCUGCGCCACGUCGAGACCCAGCUCGAGAGCGCGAAAGAGGAGCGCGCGCGCCUGUCCACGGAGGUGGCGUACGUCAGUGCGCGCGCCAAGCACCUGUGGAUGGACCGGCUGCUGCACGAGGCCUGGGCGCGGGACCGCGUGCCCGUGCCCAUCGUCGCGAUCCUCGAGGCCCUCGCCGUCGACCUCGGCAUCAUGACGCAGGAGGAGUGUUCGGUUCCCAUGCCCAAGGAAAUCACCACCGUCAAGCAGGAGCCGCUCGAGAACACCGAGUACAUGGCCCAGCUGGUCGCGGCGGUGCAGUCGGACGACGGUCCGACGGCGGGCAUCGGCGUGAUACCGAGCAGGCAGUCGGAGAACGGCGAGGACGUCCCGGCGCCCGUGUGGACGCGGCUGGGGCUGGCGCCGCACGACUUUAAGGAUCUGACGCAGGAGGGGUUCCCGAAGUCGGUCACGGAGCGCCUGACCACGCUCAUGGGCCUCAUGCACGACGCGCUCAACAAGAACUGGGAGCGCUGGGGCAGGGAGGUCCCGGGCGGCCCGCGGCCCGCCCCGGAGGCCGCCGUGGUCACGGAGGGGUCUAACAUGCCCGGGUACAUCUGGCGGUCGAUCCGCGGGAUCAUCCUGAUCGUGUUCAACACGUUCACGCACACGACCGCGUCGGUGCCGUCGGACCUCGACCCGCGCACGCUCGUGAGCCCGCAGUUGCUGUGGGAGAAGCUGGGCCCGAAACAGACGCCGGCGGAGACCGCGGAGAUGUGGCGGCGGGCGCGGACGGCGGUGGGGCUGUCCCCGGACCAGAUCAUCUCGGUGCGCGCGGCGCUCGACCACCACGACCGCGCCGCGCACGACAUGGCGGCGGCGUGGGGGGACCUGACGAAGGAGCUGAUCCGGAAGCUGACGGAGCUGCUGGGGCCGUCGGGGGGGUUCGUGGAGGGGCACAUGCGCGAGGUGGAGGUCGCGCGGUGCAAGGAGCGGCUGCAGACGCUGGCGCGGGACCGUGCGCUGGCGGACGCCGAGUUGCUGGGCGUGCUCUUCAUUCGGAUCAUGCAGCCGUACCAGGUGGCGGCGACGAUAUACCACACGUACCCGCACUACUUCGACGUGCGCAUGGUCGCGGUGCAGCUCGCGCAGCUCGAGGGGUCGGUGUAG